AUGGUAAAGAGGUUCGAUGGCCUUGAGUUUUGGGAGCAACGAUGCAAGGCUCUCGAGCUAUCGCAAACGCCCGCUACAAAAUCACCUACCGACAGCGAGCCAUCCCUGUCAUUCGAGAGCCCAGAAAUACCCAGCGCCGGGCCAGUAUCACCAGCUCCAUCACUAAUAAAAUGGCCAACGACGGCAAAACCGCUCGGAAACGUCGAUGAUUCCGAACCCAUCUUCAUUCAAACUGUUUCUGCAGUCCACGACGUCCGCAAUUCCAUGUCCUUUUCGCCCUCAUUGGACCAACAUAGCCAAUCUGCAUGCGUGCUACGGCCAAGCAGUUUUGAAGGAAAGGAGGAGUUCCUCACUGUUAUUAGCAGAGGUGGAUCAGAUAUAAAACGUGACAGGAGUAUGGAUGAGAGGAAAUCACCAUCAGCUGGCUCAAAUAUUACACAACUCAGAAGAAGAUCCCCAUUGCGACUCCAAACGACCAACCUAUCUGGAAUGGCACAGCGUCAACAAAGACACUCAAUGAUGCCAAAUCUUCUAGCCGCGAACACCAACGAUUCACCGCUGGACCACAGACACACAUUGAGUGCUUCAGCAGAUUGCAACAAGUGCAUUACCCGCCAAACAGACAAAGCAUUCGAAGCCCUCACCAACGCCCUAAACAACAAACGCCAAGACGAAACAAAACACCUAACAGUUAUCCGACCGACCAUAGACUGCCGCAUGCCAUCGCUCAAGUCACCAAAACCAAUUCGACCCAAGAUGAUACGCCAAAAAACGCAGGAAUGGGCAGCGACGCAAGAAGAUAUCGAUAGCUCUACAGCGAGCUCUUUAUCAAGUCCGCUGAGUCCAAUGAUGCCGAUCCAGAUCUCGCUAGACGGGAAGGACUUGGACAAGUCUGAAAUACCUCCGAUGGGAUGUAAUCUGGAUCAUGACUUGGAGGACUUUCUGAAGUGGGAGGCACGGAAUGUAUGUGCUUAUGGAUAUGGGACAAAUGGGUAUACCCUUUCGCCAUAG